AUGGCGGAUAUAAUUCAAAAUAAUCGUGAAAAGACUCAGCAGCAGUCUAUAGAAUCAUCAAUUGUCAAUAAAAUUAAUCACAAUCCAUCUGUUACCGUUUUUGCUUCUAAUAUCAGAACUCUUGUUGAUAAUGUUUCAAAGAGUAUAGGAAAAUCAACAGCUGUGCUGUCAUUAUCAAUUUCUCAACCAACAAAACAAUCAUUCACCAAGAUCACAUACUCGCCGAAAUCAACAAACUCACAUACAUCAAUUCCAAACACGAUAAAUUCCACUCCAGCGAAAGAAACAAGACAGCCACAGACAACCCCCAAAGUGAAAAGUACUAAUCAUAAAUCAAUGAAGAUUGAGGCAACCACUUCCACAAAUAACCCAUCAUUAAGUACAUUUGAGAAGACAAAUAGUCAGUUCACAACUCACACGAGGCAAGCUAUUCAAAAUUUUCCAUAUAAUGAUCCAAGAGGGAAUCCGACUAAAAUUAUUACGGGUUCAGCAACUGGAACUUACUCGAGAUCCUACACUACUUCUUCAACGAGCAGCCAUGGAAAAUACGAGUAUAUCUUUAUACGAAAAUCCACCUUGAAGCUUUAUUGG